AUGAAGCAGGGUUGUGGGCCUCUGGAACUGUUGGCAGCACAACUACCAUGUCUAAGUGUGCAUGGGAGUGGAAGUGGGAGUGGAGUGGGAGCGGAAGUGGGAGUGGAAGUGGGAGUGGAAGUGGCAGUGGGGAUGGAAGUGGGCUUUGGCAUUGUGUUGAGUGGGGUUGAGGGUGUGUUGGAUGCCCUGCCCUAUCCAUGUGGCCAGGUUGGUGUUGAAAGGCACCCUGGGAGCUCUGGUGCUGCUUUGUGCAGGAGGAGUCCUGUGCACACCAAAAUCUUUGUCGUUGACUCUGAAGACAGGUCAGUUUUGCCAGCCUGGCGUGUGGCAAAGGGCAAGGGUCACCCUGGGUCUGGAGAGGGCGCGGCUCUCCAUUUGAUUGCCUUCGCGCUGACAAGGCGAAAUGCUGCAAUUCGCUGUGGAGGCGAUGAGGGAAGGGACGAAGUUACUGUGAUCACUUCAGACAAUGGUGCUUGUGUCAUUGUGCACUCUCGUUUUUUGUCACCACCUGCGAUUCAAUGGUAG